AAUAUUUGUGAAUCGGAGCCUGUGUCUUGAUUCAAUACGAUUCUUCGGUUUUGAUAUGGACUACACGCUUGCACAGUAUAAGUCCCCAUUUUAUGAGGAACUUGCUUUCCAGAUUUUGCGUGAUCGUCUGGUUGAGAUAGGUUAUCCACAGGAGCUAGCUUCAUUUAGCUACGAGCCUUCAUUCCCUAUCCGUGGCCUGUGGUUCGAUACUCUAUAUGGAACACUUUUAAAGAUGGAUCAAUUCGGAAGUGUCCUCGUUUGUUUGCGUGGCCUCAACAUUGUCCCACUUAAUGAAAUACUUGGAAUGUACCCAAACAAAUUUGUCACGUAUGACGAAUCACGGAUUAUUAUUAUGAACACAUUGUUUGACCUGCCGAAAAUGUACAUUCUUGCCUGUGUCAUUCACAUAUUCCACAAUGACCCUAAAUAUACCAAAGUGGAGCACGGAGUGAAACUUGAUUCUGUAUACAUGUCUUAUCACUCAAUCCACGAGGACGUGGACAACGUGGUCAAUUGGAUGCAUCAGGGUGUAUUGAAGAAAAGGACAAUGGAGAACCUCGAGAAAUAUGUGGAGAAGAAUCCAGAAUUGCCGCUUCUUUUAGACAAACUCAGGAGCAGGGGCGCUAAAGUUUUUCUCCUAACAAACAGUGAUUUUACUUACUCUCAGGCAAUUAUGACGUAUAUGCUAGAGGAGCCUGGUGAGUCGGGUGAAGUCCGUCCGUGGACGUCGUAUUUCGACUUUAUCCUCACCGACGCCAAAAAGCCUCUUUUCUUCGACGCGGGCACAAUUCUCAGGGCACUGGACGAGAAUACUGGUCACCUUUCUAUUGGUCAUCACAUUGGACCACUGCAAUCGGGAAAGAUUUAUUCAGGAGGUGAGUUGCGAAAAACCCCUUUUCUGCAGUUUUGGUCGUACAUGUGUGUUAAUGCUGAUUUUGUCGAUUUCACACCGCCAGGCUCGUGUGAGGUGUUUACACAACUGAUCGGUGCUCGAGGCAAGGACGUGCUCUACGCUGGCGACCACAUCUUCGGCGACAUCCUCAAGUCGAAGAAGAAGGUCGGCUGGCGCACGUUCCUCGUUGUUCCCGAGCUAACCAACGAGAUCUACGUGUGGAAGAAGAAGUCGUCGCUCUUCGAUCGACUCCAAUACCUCGACAACAAACUCGCCGAUGCCUACAAGGAUAUGAACAUUGAAACUCGCGAACAGCCGGAUGUGGCCAACUUGCGAAAGGAGAUUCGAGCAGUUGCUCAGGAAAUGGAGAGGUCUUACGGUCUACUGGGAAGCAUUUUCCGAAGCGGUUCUCGUCACACCUUUUUCUCCGCUCAGGCAAUGCGUUACGCCGAUAUCUACUCGUUCAGCUGCUUCAACCUGCUCCAUUAUCCCCUGUGCUACAUGUUCCGCGCACCCACCAUGCUGAUGCCACACGAAUCCACCGUUCCUCACUCCGAUUCACGCAUUGGCUCGUUUGCGGACCUUGAGGAGACCCCGUGCGGUCUGAGGCGGCGUUCCUACGCAGUAACAUCCGCGAAUCCGACUUUUAUACGUCCAGAGGUCUCUUUGACGGCGAAGGGCAUCAUGAACAGCAAUUUGAUCGAAGACGUCCAGGAGGGUGUUGAAACUAUGUUUGACACUGCCGAAGUCGAAGAUGAGGAAAACUAUAACCUCAGGAACCCCAAACCAACGAAUCCGCAAUAA